CAUAUUUCGAAUAGUCCGCCGAUGACUUUUGUUUGACAAUGACUUUUCAUCGUCGACAAAUUUCGAGGUUAUGGCAUCAUUUGAACAUAGUUUGACAAUUCGACGAGCACUUUAUUUUCGUUCAAUAUGUCGAACCUUUCGGUACUGCCAAAAAUAUUGAAAUUGCGUACAAUUAAUCAAAUCGUUAUCUCGAAUAUACGACUAUUGGGUAAUAGUUCUGUAUUGAAAAGUGAAAAGUUGAAUUCGAUAGAAAAUUGUAAAAACUACCGAACAAAUGAUGCAACCGUGCGUCAAAAUGUAUUGAAUCGUUCAUAUUCGGUGAAGCAUAAUCGUCGCAUGAUUCAUACAUGCAGCCACUUAUGGAAAAGUACAGAAGAUAACAGUACAAAACAAUCGAGUAUUGACCAAUUCCGUGCUGAGGAGGUAAAAAUUGAGCGUGAAUAUGAAGAGCAGAAGCAGAAGGAAAACCAGUCAAAUGCGAAGGACCACACAGCAUCCGAAUCGACCGAAGACCAUGAAAAAAUACAAAAAGUUCGUUCGGAAAUUUUAGAAGCAUCUUUGAAGUUUGUGCCGACAAAAGGUUGGAGUCAAGAAGCAAUUGCCAAUGGUGCCGAAUCGAUUAAUUACCCAGGUGUUGCCCACGGAAUGUUUCCAAACGGCGCAAUCGAAUUGAUUCAUCAUUUUUAUGCCAAGUGCAACCGCGAGCUGAUCACACAAUUGGAGCGUGAAUUCGAUGAACUUACUGGGAAAGCUGAUGACAGUGGAAAAGCUGCUGAACGACCGAGUCCAAGAGAUUUCGCCAUCAGAGCAAUACGCUUGCGACUAGAAAUGAUUAUUCCGUACAAAGAGACAUGGCCACAAGCGCUAGCAAUUAUGACACUACCGCAAAAUGUACCAACAUCACUAGCUCAACUCCUUACCUUAGUCGAUGAUGUGUGCUACUGUGCCGGCGAUCGAUCGGUCGACAUCGGUUGGUAUACGCGACGCAUUGGCAUCGCUUCGAUAUACAAAAUGGUCGAAUUGUAUUUACUACAGGAUAAAUCACCAAAUCACCAACAAACCUGGGAAUUUUUAGAGCGGCGAAUGGACGAAGGCAUUCAGAUUCAAGAGUUCCUCAGCGAUUCAGAUCAAAAAACAAAAACAAUGGCCAAUGCACUGGGUUCAGCUUUUCAGACGGCUCGAAAUAUUUUAGGAAUAAAUUGUGAUAAAAGAUAAAGAAAGGGAGGACAGAAAUACGGUUGGGAAUGUUGAUAUUUUCAGGCAUAUUUUCGUGUGGUUGUUGCUUAGAGAAUAAUGAGAUAAUAAAAGAAAUAUAACUUUCAGAUGCGGAAA